CAGCGAAUCAAACCUUCCUAAAAUCUGAACAUGUGGACAUAUUCUUUAAUGAUUGAUACUGUAAAAAGGAACAAGACUGGUGCCUUGGUUGAUCAGAGGAAGAGGAGCUUGACGCCUUAAGCGGCAACACAAUGCCUUCAAAGACAACUCAGGUGUAUCCACAGGUGCAGCGGCACAACCUCUACACCCUGACAGACAGCUCAGAAUGCGGCUCAGAAACAGAGGAGGUGGACCCUUCCAAGCACCUGACACCCCUGGAAAAAUUAACAGUAGAAAUGUGUAAAAAUGAGAACGUCCUAAAGGAACUGGCCGUGGGCAGACGAGUUGGCUUCUACAAAGUUCGUGGUCAAAUAGGCUGUGGGAACUUUUCGAAAGUCAAACUGGCCUUCCACGCCCUUACCAAAGACAAGGUUGCUCUUAAGAUCCUGGAAAAGAGGAGGCUUGACCUGCAGACUCAGAAGAUGCUGUCCAGAGAGAUAGCCAACAUGGAGAGCUUGUAUCACCCAAAUUUAUUGCCACUGUAUGAGGUGGUGGAGACGCCGAGUCGGUUGUACCUGGUUCUGGAGUUCGCUGGAGAUGGAGACCUUCACACCAGAAUCAGCACUGCUGGAAAACUCAGUGACCAAGAGAGCAAGAUUGUGUUUGCCCAAAUUCUGUCAGCAGUUAAAUACAUGCACGAGAACAACAUCAUUCAUCGAGAUCUGAAGGCUGAAAAUGUUCUUUAUACCAGCAAAACCUGCGUGAAGGUGGCUGACCUUGGCUUCAGCACGAGGGUCAAUAAUCGCAACCAAGCCCUAGACACAUUUUGUGGUUCUCCUCCUUACGCUGCUCCUGAGCUCUUCAAAGAUGAUUCUUACAUCGGACCACCCGUGGAUGUGUGGGCAAUGGGCGUCAUGCUGUUUUUCAUGGUGACUGGCACCUUGCCUUUCCGUGCCGACACUGUGGCAAAAUUGAGGCGUGCCGUGCUAGAGGGAGCCUAUGUCCUGCCGCCCUGGGUAUCAGCUCCGUGUCAGCAGGUGAUCCGGGGGAUCCUGAAGCCUGACCCCUCUGAACGUUGCGCACUGGACCAGAUGGUGGGUUGUGAGUGGCUGUUGCCCGUAGAAGUAUUCCGCCCUAUUCCUCCCUUAUACCAACUCAACCCCAUUCAUCUCCUGGAGGCUGGCCCGGGGAAGCUAGACAGAGACCAAGAGGAGGUAAAAGCUAUCCUGGAGAAACUGGGAAUCACUCAGGAACAUAUUUAUAACAACCAAGGAAAGAGCAUUCGCAGUCCUAUUACAGGGGUUUACCGAAUAUUGCUGCACAGAGUUAGAAAAAGCAGAGGAGCUGAAUCUGCACCCACAAUCAGCGGUGUUGUCAAAGAUCCUAAAAGAGAUAGUCUACGUGCCUACAGGAAUCUACGGCACACCUCGAAACUGUGUGUUCUUUCUUAAGCAACGCAACGUUGUGAAAUUUUAUUGUAUUGAAAUGAUCAUGGUUUGUAGUCUUUACCAGACAAUUUAAUAUUAGCCAUGUUAUUAUCACUAGUCAACUAUUUAAAGGGACAGUUCAUCCAAAAUUGAAGAUUAUUUUAUAAUUGACUCAUCUUUAUGUCAUUCCACUGGUAUGACUUUCUUCUGCAAAACAUGAGAUAUUUUGAAGAAUGUUGGUAACCAAGCAACACCGGUCCCCAUUGACAAAACCACAGAGACAUUUCUUAAAAUGUUUUGUGUUCCACAGAAGAAAGUCAUACAGGUUUUGAAUAUGAGGAUAAAUAAAUUAUAAUUAUUAUUAUUGGGUAAAGUCUCCCUUUAAUUCAGAAAUAUCAUUUUAUUCCUCAAACCUAUAAUUGUGACACUAUAGCCUACUUAAUUUUUCAUGCAUAUCAACAUUGUUUAAACAAAAUUUCAUUUUAUUGCACUCUAAGUAUAUUUUUAUCUUUUACUAAUAUUAAUAACUAGGCCUUACUUCUAAUUUUAUAGCUUAACUAUAUAACAUUUAUACAUCAAGUCUUACCAUGUCUG